AUGUUAAAUAAAAGAGCGAAAGCACACUCGUUGUUGUUCAUGUUCAUGUUUUUACUAAUACUAAAGUUUAGCUUGUCUCAGGGUGAUGAACUCGAGCUGCUCUUAUCCUUCAAAUCAUCAGUCAAUGAUCCCUCUAGGUUCCUGUCCAACUGGAAUUUCUCUACCCCAUUGUGCCUAUGGCAUGGAAUCAGUUGCAACGAUUUUUCUAGGGUAAAGGUAAUUGAACUUACUGAAAAAAAUAUUUCUGGGAUAAUUUCACCUUCAAUCUUUCAUUUGUCAGAUAUUGAAAUUAUCAAUCUUUCAACUAAUCAAUUCUCUGGAAAAAUUCCUAAUGACUUAGUUUCUCCUGUGUUACUUCGACAUCUUAAUCUUAGUAACAAUUAUUUGACUGGUGGAGUUCCAAAUUGUUCAAUAUCACUAGAAAUUUUGGAUCUCGGAAAUAACUUGUUUUCAGGUAAAAUUCCACCUCAAAUUGGAGUAUGCUCAAAUCUAAAAGAACUUCAUCUUGGUGCAAAUAACUUGGUGGGGAGAAUUCCAAGCUCCAUAUCAAAUAUCAGCAGUUUGGAAAUCUUAACUCUUGCUUGUAACAAAUUGAUUGGCCAAAUUCCACAUGCAUUAAGCAAAAUGAAGAGCUUGAAGUGGAUUUUCUUUGGGCAUAACAACCUUUCUGGUGAAAUUCCAAGAGAACUUUUUAAUUUAGUUUCUUUGAAUCAUCUUGAUCUUGUCGACAACAAUCUCAGUGGACAAAUUCCAUCCUCACUUGGAAACCUCACCAAUCUUCAAUACCUCUUCCUCUAUGAAAACAAGCUUACAGGUUUGCUUCCUCGAUCCAUUUUUGGCCUCAAAAAGCUUGUUGAACUUGAUCUUAGUUAUAAUCAUUUAUCGGGUGAGAUUCCAGAACUCAUAAUUGAGUUGAAGAGUUUGGAGAUUCUUCAUCUUUCCUCCAACAACUUUAUUGGUAAAAUUCCAAAUGCUCUAGCAUUUUUGCCUCGUCUUCAACUUGUUCGGCUUUCACUAAACAGCUUGACUGGAGAAAUUCCUUCUGUGAUCUGUAAUAUAAGUUCCAUCGAAGUUCUAAACUUAGCUGAUAACAACUUAAGUGGAACCAUCACACCAUGUCUGGGAAACUUUAGCAUCAGUCUUUCGAUCUUAGAUUUACAGAGGAAUAGUUUUCAUGGAACCAUCCUUGAAACUUUUCGUGAGGACUGUGGGUUGCGGAAUAUCAACUUCAAUGGAAAUAAAUUGGAAGGGUCUUUACCACGAUCCUUGGCCAAUUGUAGAAACUUGGAAAUGAUGGAUAUUGGUGACAACAAGAUGAAUGGUACAUUUCCUUAUUGGCUGGAUACUCUACCAGAAUUACAAGUUCUUGUUUUACGGUCAAACAAAUUACAUGGUGUCUUACGAAGUUCCAAGAUCAUCCAUCCCUUUCCCAAGUUACGGAUUCUUGACCUUGCUAACAAUGACUUCACUGGUCCUUUGCCCAAAGGUAUAAUAAAGAGCAUGAAGGCCAUGAUGAAUCUCAGUGAACAGCAAAGUUCUUUACAAUAUAUGCAUGGGAGAUACUAUUAUUAUCAUGUCAACUUGACAGUGAAAGGAUUUUACAGUGAAUUUCCUGAAAUCUCAAAAACGUUGACAAGCAUGGACCUGUCAAAUAAUAACUUUUAUGGGGAGAUUCCAAGUCUUAUUGGAAAGCUCAGUUCACUUAGAGGUCUCGAUCUUUCUCAUAACAGCCUUAGUGGUCAAAUCCCUACAUCACUGGGUAAUUUGACCAGUUUGGAAUGGCUAGACCUCUCCUCAAACAAGCUCACUGGGCAAAUUCCUAACGAAUUGACAGAUAUGACGUUUCUUGCCUUCUUGAAUGUUUCACAUAACCGACUCACUGGACCAAUUCCUCAAGGCAAACAGUUCUCUACUCUUGAAAAUGGCUCAUAUGAAGGAAACUUGGCACUAUGCGGCUUUCCAUUGUCAAAGGCUUGCAACAAUGAUGGCAGAAAACAACCAUCUCCAUCAUUCUUGAAAGAGGCAGAUGACUCAGAGUCCAAAAUCAGUUUUGGCUGGAAAAUUGUGUUGAUGGGCUAUGGAUGUGGACUGAUAUUUGGAGCCGUCGUUGGAUAUCUUACGUUCAGGAAUGGUGAACCAAAAUGGUUUGUGGCAUUGUAUCGAGUGAAAUAUCAUUGA